UUUGAAUACAAACACCAAUACAAAAAAAUUAAGAAAGCGAUGGAUACUGGGUACAAGCAUUUCAGCCAUGCACACAACCUCGUCAUCCACCAAGCACAUGAAGCUGCCAAGAUGUCAUGCACUGGCUGCAACUCUUCGGUCAUGGGGACCAUAUACGUUUGCUGGCCAUGCAAUUUCAUGUUACACGAGCAAUGCUUUCGUGCAACCCGAUCACUAAUACAUCCGUCACACCCUUCUCAUCCUCUAACUUUAGUUCCUUAUCCAACUUAUCCCUCAAAUUCCUUUUACUGUGAUACCUGUAAACUCACCGGAAAUGGAUUAUCCUAUUCCUGUUCUGAUUGUGAAUUUGACCUUCACGUCCUUUGUGCUCAUUCUAUUACCGAUACUUCCCGUACUCAUCAACCUUCAAUGGUUCAGCCCAAUCAAAAUCAUGGUCAAGAAAUGGUUCCACAAAGUGGCCAGAAUGCUUUCCAAGCACAAAAUGUCUACCCUCCUACUAGUGUUCAUAACCCUAUUACUAAUUUCCAAUAUUCUUCCGUAGCUCCUAUUAUGCCGGUGGAAGAAUCUGCUUCUGAUCGUGAACAUAUCAAAAAAAACGAGCAAAGGCUUGAGAUUGCAAGGGAGGAGUAUAGAUUAGCUGCUCUUGGACGUCAAUAUGCCUUAGACAGCAUAUAGUUGGAUACCAAUAGUUAAUUACUCAUGAAUUGUGAUUCCAUAAGGAGAGCAUUCGUACCACACAAAUCAUAAUUCUUAAGAUAUAUUUCAUGUUUGAUAAUCAUUCUCUUCAAGUCAUUCUGUUUUAUGUUGUCAACUAGUGGCUUAAUCAGGCUAGCUUGUUAUCUAUUUGGAUCAAUUAAUGCUUGUUUCUUCA